GCAAAGAUUCAGCCAUCACCAAACUACCAAAACCAAUCCCCUCCCAAUCCAACCUCCAACACCGCCAAUAUGCCUGCCGCGUGGAGAGCCGCUGGUCUUACCUACAACCGCUACCUGGCCAUCGCCGCCCGCGUUGUCCGCCGCAGCCUGAAGGACGACAAGAGAAUCGUUGCCGAGCGCCGAGGCGAGAUGGAUCUCCGAUUUUCCAAGUGGGAGAACGGCAAGCAGGGCGAGAUGCAGAACCUUGCCAAGGCCAACGCUGCCAUCGCCGCCGAGAACGCCGCUUAAGGAAUUUGACUCGGAUGGAUGAUUGCGUACGGGAUAUUGGAAGCAUGGCGCCUGAAGGGGGAUUGCUCGGAUGGGAUGAGAUGGAACUUAUUCACCAAGAGCCGCCGAUCGCAUGAACCUGGUGCCACUGUAUCAUAAUGAUUGCUACAAUACAUCAAUCAAUUCAAAAACUACGAUUGUAAUUGCGACAAAAGAA